AUGAAACUGAACAUCAUCUUCUUGCUGGCAGUGGUGAACACAGGAACCUUGAACUAUCAUCCCAUAGAGGGGACACCCUGUGAAAUGGCAAAUUCACAGGCAUUUUGCCACAACAAAGACCUCCACCAAAUCCCUCACGAGCUCCAUCUGAAUGUAAACAAAAUAGAUCUGUCUGGAAACUUGAUUCAAAGCAUCCCUGAAAUACCAUUAUCAUUCUAUACUUCCCUCCAGUAUCUGGAUUUAAGCUUCAACCAGAUAAGCUUCAUCACGUCUGGAGUGUUUGCACACAUGACAAGUUUGCUGGAAAUAAAUUUAGCCAAUAAUCAUUUACAUAAGCUUGCUCAGAAUGGGACAGAGGGGAUUGGACUUUUGCCCAAGGUGGAAAAAAUGGACUUGUCCCACAACAAUCUCUACAGUAGGAUGGCUGAGUAUUUCAUUAAUCAAGCUCCAACACUGCAGUAUCUUUCCUUGGCAGAUAACAGUAUUGUAAUGAUAUCCCACAAGAUGUUUCAGGGAUCUCCCAGUCUUGUGGAGAUAGAUCUUCAGAGAAAUAUCAUCAUGGAAAUAGAAGAAGGUGCUUUCGAGACUCUAGCGAACCUUUCCAAACUCAAUCUCUCCACAAAUUCAAUUACUUGCAUCUCUGAUUUCAACCUCAGGCAGUUGGAGGUACUUGACCUUAGCAGGAAUAGCAUUGAGACCUUCAGCAUCACAAAGUCAAAUGAUGAAUAUAGUUUAAGAUGUCUGGAUCUUAGUGAAAACAAAUUGCUUCACUUCCCAGUCUUCCCUCAGGUAAAUAAACUGGUAACUCUGAAUUUAUCAAAUAAUUUAAUCCAGCUCACUGCUGAAUCCCCUUAUAAUAAAAUGGACUACAUGGAUAAUGAAUGGCUAGAUGCUUCUUUUCAUCUUCUCGAUCAGAAGCAAAGUAAAAAUACAAGUUCUCUUUAUUUAUCCCAACUUGUAUAUUUAGACUUAAGUUAUAAUAAAAUCAAAUCCAUUCCAGAUGGGUUCUUUGAGUCAAUGGUGUCCCUUCACACCCUUAAUCUCAGCAGAAACUGUCUUCAGACAUUUACAGUAAUUUAUGAUAGUGCAUUGCUCUCCCUAACUGUCCUUGACUUGAGCUACAAUGCUUUGCAGAACCUUCUCCUCGAUGCUGGUGCUUUGCCAAAUUUGAGGGAGUUUCAUGUUCAAAACAACAACCUUCAGACCCUGCAAUUUGACAUCUUUUCCAGUCUUCCUAGCCUCAGACUUCUUAACCUACAGAGCAAUAACAUCAGCCUUUGCCACAUGUACUCGGGACUAGCUAAGCAAAGACUUGCUGGAGAGGACAGUGGUUGUGUGUCAUUUGUCAAUUCUCCUGCUCUCCAGUACUUGUACCUAGCUGACAACAUGCUGAGCAUCCUACCAGCACGCACCUUCCACAAGACUCCACUGCUUGUCUUGGAUCUCUCCAUGAACCCUGGACUGAAAAUAGAACUUAAAGCGCUAGCAGGACUGGAAAAGUCUCUGGAAUACUUGCAUUUACAUGGCAAUAGUCUGAUAGAUUUAAAUAUUGACUUGCCUUGUUUUAGUCACCUUAAACAUUUAAACCUUUCUGAAAAUCAGCUGAACUGGCUGCCUAAGUGGAGUAGUGACACUCCACUGGAAGUUCUAGACCUACGGAACAAUAGGUUCAGUACAUUACAGGACAGCAAUAUUUUAGCAUUAGAAAAUUCACUUAAAAACUUGUAUCUCUCUGGGAACCCACUCAACUGUUGUGGAAACAUCUGGCUUUCAUCAAUGAUCCAGAACAAAAAUGUCCAGAUCCCCAACGUGGAGCACUUAACGUGCCAGUACAUUCGGAGCUUCGGGUAUUGGGAAGAAAUGCACGUCGAGGACAUUAGACCAGAAGACUGUGAAAAAGAAGAUCUGAAGAAAAUCAACAUCCUCAUUAUAUUAACAUCUGUACUAGUUUUAUCUGUCAUCAUCAUUGGUGUGGGUUCAUUUUUUUGCUUCCGAAGGCAAAACUUUAGCCACCAGUUUAAAGCAUAGGAACACCCUGAAAACUGAAAAAACACCCUGAAAACUGAAGAAAUCAGGUGCUACCCUGACACUGUGUGGAAAUGAAGGAUAAAAUUUUC